AUGGCAGAUGCUAUUGUGUCCUUAGCUAUUAAAGAAUCGGAUUUACUCAUUCGUGAAGCUGUUUUCCUGCGUGGAGUUCGUGAGGAAGUGGAGGGCCUCAAGGCUGAACUGGAGCGGAUGAAGACCUCCUUGGAGGAUGCAGACAGUAGGCAAGAUCAAAAUAAGCUUAGCCGCACUUUGGUGAGACAAAUCAGAGAUCUUGCUUAUGAAGCAGAAGAUGUUAUUGACGGUUUCAUUCUUCAAGUCUCACAUCAAGGAGGCUUUCACGGAAUCAUCAAGAGAUUCACCAAGCCUUUUCAUCUGCACAAAAUCGGGGUGAAGGUCAAAGCAAUCCAGACCAAGCUCGAAAGCAUUUCCAAGAGUCUUCCAGCUUAUGAUCGGAUAUCUGGAACAGAGGGGUCUAGCUCUGUUUUCGAGAUGCAGCAACGGUUUAGGAGAACAUAUACACAUGUUGAGGAAGAGGAUGUGGUUAGCUUGGAGGAUACCACGAAAGAGGUUUUGGCUCAGUUGAUGACAGAAGAAGAUAGACUUCAUGCCGUUGUUUCUAUAGUCGGCAUGGGGGGCAUAGGUAAGACCACUCUGGCAAAAAAGGUUUAUAAGCACGAUGAUGUGAAAGGAUAUUUUGAUUGUUGUGCUUGGGCUUUUAUAUCUCAACAAUGUAUGCCAAGAGAAGUUUGCCAUGAUCUCCUCUUACAACUUCUCUCUCCUUCUAAAGAAGAAAGGGAGCUAAUCGAUAAACUGAAAGAGAAUGAGUUGGUGAAAAGGCUUUAUGAUGUCUUGAAAGAAAAACGGUAUUUGGUGGUUCUUGAUGAUAUCUGGAGAAGUGAAGAUUGGGACAAUUUUAAACCAGCUUUUCCACGAGGGAAAAAAGGGAGCAAAAUUUUAUUUACAACACGCCACAAGGAAUUGGCAUUACAUGCCGAUCCUUGCAACUCCCCAGUUGAGGUUCAAUUUCUUACCGAUGAUGAAGGCUGGAAGCUUUUUAAAAUGAAAGCAUUCCCAGGAAAGAAGACAGAGUUUCAUGCUUGCCCAGAAGAAUUGGAGAUGCUAGGAAGAGAGAUGGUGAAAAAAUGUGGAGGUUUACCUUUGGCAAUUGCUGUUUUAGGAGGCUUGCUAGCAACAAAAAAGUCACCAGCCCAGUGGGAGAUGGUUCACAGAAACAUUAAUGCACACUUAAACAAGUUCCAACAAGAAGAUCAUCGCUAUGGUGGAGUGAAUGGGAUUUUGGCUCUAAGUUAUAAUGAGUUACCCUUUCAUUUAAAACCAUGCUUCUUAUAUUUUGGGCAUUAUCCAGAAGAUUGGGAGAUCUCAAAAAGAGAACUGAUUCGAUUAUGGAUUGCUGAAGGCUUCAUUUCGCCAUCAUGGAACAGCAGGGAAAUGUUGAUGGAGGAUGUAGCUGAACAAUUCCUGGAACAGCUAAUAAGUAGAUGUUUGGUUCAAGUCGGUAAGAGAGACCAUACAGGAACAGGUGUGAAAACAUGCCACGUACAUGAUCUCUUGAGGGACUUGUGUGUGAAAAAAGCUCAAGAGGAGAAUUUCUUGGAAAUUAUUCAGCCAUCAUUGAACGAAAGCGAUGGUAAUUCUCGUCAUGUGACUUUGACAGCAUCUAUGGCACGAAGAAUUGCUAUUCAUCCUAGCAAAAGGUAUGUUUCAUUGAAAGUAAAACAUCCAAAUUUACGCACUCUUUUGCUCUUUCAAAACGAAGAAUUGAUAAAAUUGCACAUUUCAAAAUGCAAUGAUUUCAAAUUCUUAAGGGUGCUGAAUCUUGCGAGAUAUGAUAUGUUGGACAAAUGGCAUGUGUCAAGUGCAAUUGGUAAUCUACAUCAUCUGAGGUAUUUGAGGUUAGAAUCUGGUGGAGGCAUCAUCAUAUUGCCACGGUCUAUUGGCAAGUUGAAGAAUUUACACACUUUAUACUUCCCGGAUAAUGCACCAAGAAUUCCUAAUGUUUUAUUCAAGUUGAGACACUUAAGGCAUAUUGUAGCAGGCGGUCGAUUUGAUUAUGUGCCUUUGUUGCUGGGGGAUACUUUAAAAAAUAUUGAAACUCUAAAGUACAUAAGGAGCAAGAGUUUAAUUGAAAAUAAUGCGGUGCUCGACUUGACUAAUAUUGGGAGUUUGGGAAUAAUGUUUGAGAGAUCAAAAGAUGUGGAGCCUAUCCUAAAAGCACUGAUUAUAUCACGACGCUGUGGGUCAUUGCACAUGUGGUUAAGGGAUUCAAUCCCAUACCCAGACUUGGAACCCCUUUCUCAUUGCCAUCACCUAUCAAAACUAUCGUUAAGAGGGAAGAUAAGAGAAGAUCCACAUUCGAGCCAUCAUAGUUUGAGAUAUCUGCCAGCAAACAUUGUCAAGUUGACUUUGUGGGAUUGUGAAAUGAAGCAGGAUCCAAUGGCUGUAUUGGGAAAACUGCCUCGUUUGAGGACUCUCUGCUUAUGGGUGUGCUCAUAUACAGGGACUAAAAUAGUUUGCUCUGCCAACGAGUUUCUUCAACUUGAUUGUCUUGAAAUUUGGGGUUUAAAAGAUUUAGAAGAGUGGCAAAUAGAAGAAGGCGCAAUGCCACGUCUCCGGAGUUUAAAGCUGGACGUGCUUUCAAAUUUGAGGAGUUUUCCAGAAGGGUUGAGGUAUAUUACUGCUCUCCAAGAAAUGAAAUUAUGGGGAAUGGAGAGGUCAUUGGUAAAGAGGAUUCUAGUGAUAGAUGGAAGAGAAGGAGAGGAUUUCUCUAAAGUGCGCCACAUACCCUCCAUCCAAAUAACGGGUAUGGAGUAAGAUUGAAACCUCUAAUUUUGCAAUUUCAAAUCGUCAAGCCAAAGUAGUUGGAGGUAAAUCUAAUUGGCUCAGUAAUGUACCAUGCCAAUAAGAGCAACAUGGGGCAUCACCUGGAUUUGCUUUUCGAUUGUUUGAAAGUUUAAUUUGUAUUUCUAGAAAUGAAUUGCUGUGAGUUUGAAUGAACCAAUUGUUAAUUAAUUUUAGAUUUUCGUGAGUGAAGAUUAUCCA